CGCCGCCGCUUCCUGUGUCAGGGUUUUUCUCCGGUUUUUUUUUCUACCUUCGGCUCAUGUUCGAAGCCCAGUGGAGUUGUUCGGAGUCACAGCGGAGAGAUGAGGGACCGGCUGGCAGACCUCACGGCCAGCAGCACGUACGUGGAAGAAAAUGCCACUGUCCAGUGUGAGAGCGACACGUAUAUGGAGGAGUUCUUCCACAAGGUGGAGGAGAUCCGAGGUCUCAUCGACAAGGUCUCGUCCCAGGUGGAGGAGGUCAAGAAGAAGCACAGCAUGAUCCUGUCAGCACCCAAUCCUGAGGAGAAGACAAAAGAGGAACUUGAGCAAAUAACCAACGAAAUCAAGAAGAAUGCCAACGCAGUGCGAGCCAAGCUCCAAACUAUGCAGCAGAACUUGCCACAGGAUGAGAACGCCAUCUGGACCUCUGUGGACCACCGUAUACAGAAGACGCAGCAUACGGUCUUGUCCCGCAAGUUCGUGGAGGUCAUGACAGAGUACAAUGAGGCCCAAGUAUCCUUUCGCCAAAGGAGUAAGGGACGGAUUCAGAGGCAGCUGGAGAUAACUGGGAGAGUGACCACCAACGAGGAGCUGGAGAACAUGCUGGAGAGCGGCAAUCCAUCCAUCUUCACGUCAGAUAUCAUCUCGGACUCCCAGAUCACAAGGCAGGCCCUGAACGAGAUAGAGUCGCGCCACAAGGACAUCAUCCGGCUGGAGAACAGCAUCAAGGAGCUGCACGAGAUGUUCACGGACAUGGCCAUGUUGGUGGAGACUCAGGGCGAGAUGAUAAACAACAUCGAAAAGAACGUGACCAACGCAGUAGAUUACGUGGAACGGGCCAAAGAACAGACCACGAAGGCCGUACGGUACCAGAAGAAGGCUCGCCGGAAAUACAUAAUAAUUGCCCUCGCUGUGUUGGUCCUGCUUGCUGUCAUUGCACUAAUCAUCGGUUUGUCUGUGGGACUGAAAUAGACUCCUCUAUUAAGUCCCGUCUCGCUUGCAGCGCUAGAAACAGAUUUUUCUCGCUAUAUGUCUGGUAGUUUCAGUCAUCAUUUUAGUCAUCGUGCUUGCAGCAGUUUACGGC